AUGGUCGUGACGAUACAGUGCUCCAUGCCGCAGUUCAUUGCACGGUGCUUGGAAGAGAUUGGCCUGGAGGGGCGUUGUGGGAUGCCACUGCGCGACCUCUUUGAUGUGAUGGACCCACGUCACGACGUGGCGUACCGUCGCUACGCGUGGCAAGUGCUGCGGAGUAUGGAAAGUCAGCUGCUGUUCCAUGUUAUGCGUCCAUUGAAGACCGAAGAAGGUGCAAGUACAUGCAAUGAAGUGGAUAAGAAGCUGCUGAGUGGCGGAGACGCCGCAAGUCACUACACCGCACCAGUUCGGAAGCGCAAGUGGAAGACGACGUUGCGGCCUCAGAUCUGUACGUCUAAUGCAAUGCAGGAUCGAGUGGAUGAACACGAGGUGAGCGCGUUGAAGCGACGUAAACGCAAGAGCCACGUGCUACAGCCUGUGCUACCGUCAAUGCGACGUAUAGCGGCUCAAAAGCAGCGUCGGAUGUUGUCUGACACGGAGAGCGGAUCUCGAGAUAUAGGCGAGCAUGGGAGUCGAUUUAGGAGGCGGCGGCGGAAGCGACAGGGAAGUAUCAGCGGUCGGCGGGAAGGAGGAGAAGUGGUUGUGGAGAAAGAAGAGCAGGGCAUAGACAUAAAGGACGCGACGGUGGAAAAAUAUUGUUGCAAGAAGAAGGAGACAGAAAGCGUGCAAGCCUGGCCGCAGCAGUUUGUCGAGUUAGGGUGUGAUGUAGAAGUGAAAGACGAAACGGAAGACGCUCCAGAUGAAACACGAUGGGUCUUACGAAGUCCACGAGGAUUUCGACUUGGACGAGAGGUAGAUAUAGGCAAGCUGAGCUAUGAAGAGGCCGUGACAAGCAAUAAGGAUGGCGUGCUAGGUGUCGUCGCCUGCGAAGAAGUGCGACUAAAGUAUUUGGGUGUGCAAGAUGCAGGCUCUAUGGAUACAAUAUCACCACAGUUUGAUCUUUUGGAGAUGAUUGGUCGUGCAAGGGCGCGCGGAGAAAAUGCUGCAACGUUGGCAAAUACGAAGCUGUUUGGAGACUCGCGAAAGUUGCACUAUUUACUGGAUAUGUUGAUCGUUUCGAAUUACGUGGUAAAAAACAUUGUGACGGCUGAUCAGCGACGAUUCAACAUCGUCCACUUGCGGCGGUUUGCCAGCCAGUUCCACCCGUCGAUGGUAUCACCGUCCGCUACAAUGGCUUGGCAAGCAUUUCCUAAAGAAGUACUAGCGAAUGUCAUCGUGAACAUGAUGAAAGCUCGAAGAGAAAGGACUUGUGUAUUCGCAGACAUUGGGCGUGAGCUCGGCUUUGGGAAACGCCAGCAGGAACAAUUGCGGAAUUAUUUCAUCCAGCAGAUGGACACAAAACCGAGCUUUCCUCUUCAGUUGUUUAUGGCGCGAUGUAAAACAGGUAGUGAGUUUAUAGGGCGAAAAUUGUGGUGUAUCCGACUACGUGAUAGUUCAUCGAAUUCGUCUGUUUUGUCUGAUCGGCGGCGGAGCUCGUCAGUUACAUACGAAGAGCUUGUACCUAAUGCAAUUGUAGUUGGCAGGCCCUUUGUUGAGCGUGGCAUCAUGGAGCAAUUGUUUAUGGCCAUUCAGGCCCGAGGAGAUAUUGGCGCUACGGUUCCUGAACUGCGGGAUGCGCUGGGUGUCCCAACGUUCAAGCUGCCAUACAAGCUUGCGCAGGGAUUAAUUACAAAUUAUAAUAUCUCGGUGGAACAAGUUGUUCUAGGCAAGAGUACAAUGUAUCGGAUGUUUGUUCCUGGUGUCGCAAAAGGAAACGCAAAUAGCGAGCAUGCGACGAUUGGCAGUAGCUCGACGUCAAUUGAUUUAACAGUUGGCGUGCGGGUGACUCGUGCUGCUGAGAAGUAUAGUACGCCGAAAGGUGUGGACGACAAUGACGAUGGUAAUGGCCAACCUCAGCCCGUUACGAUGAAGGAGGCAACGCGAGGGAUGGUGCGGGCAUCAACAAUUGAUAGGCGAAGGAACUACAUUUUGAAGCGGAUACAGACGGAGAAAGUGGUGUCACUGCAUCAGUUACGCACUGGUUUGAUAGAAAUGGAGCGCGGAGCAGAAGCAAGCAUCAUGGAUAUUCGCUCAGUACACCGCAUAGUCGAUGAACUUGUCGAGGAGAAGAAAGUGACUACAAUGGAUAUUGUCAUGCCCUUGAAGCAGGUUCUUCAGAAAGCACAUCGUAAGGUGAAGUGUGCUGUGUUGAUCGGGUACCAGCGCGACCGUGAAGCGAUUCGCGAAUUUAUUGAAUCGUACGAGAUGGAGCAUCAACGUAAGUAUCAGGCAAAUCUUGUGGACCACGACAACGAUGAUUAUGUCGUGAUAACCAAUCGCCAGAAGCAGCGCCAUUGCGGGGGGCGUGCAAUACAAGAGAUAGAGGCUAAGGAAAUUCGCGAUCAAGAGGUCGUUAAGUACAACGCGGUAUCUUACAAAUUGGCUCGGCUUGGGCUGGUGAAGCUACAAAAGCAAAGUCGCAGGCUUGGGAUGUUUUUCGGCAUGAUGUAUAAGUGCCGCGCAUUCCACUUCAUGGUCUGGAAUCGAAUUAAAAUCUUGGGAGCUCGAGAUCCAAUAUUAAGUGGCAAGGCUGCUACAAGUCUUGACGGAUUACAUCGCGCGGGGAAGUGCGCGAACCCUAGUAGCUUGCGGGAGGUGACAUUCGCGCUGAAAGACGCGUUGGAUCUUUUGUCUGUGAAAGAGUACAUCCAGCUUGUUGGUGUGAUGGAAUUGCUUACCGAUCAAGAAGAGACAACCACUCGAUUGAUUAUUUCGAAGGGCGGUUCGUGGGAUGCACUGUCUCAACCGAUCGCAGAAAAAAUACGGGGGGGUGAGGCCGACCGGUUUUCGAAGAUUGUGCGUGUGCUUCUCGAUUUAAGGCUCCUGCAGGUAGUGCGCGAUACGUCUUCGACUAGUCUUUUCAAUGUGUUCCAGACAUCCGAUGACUUUGACACGACUGUUUCAAGGGUGGCAUUUGCAACGUUAUCAGGGGGGCUGUUUAAGCUCAAGCGUCGUGUUCACAUUAGUGUACGGCAAGGAACAAAUGUGCUGCAUCGACUUCCGUCCGAGUUCUCUUAUGCAUACGCUCCAGGUUUUUCUUGCAAAAGCAAAAGUGACCACUUCGCUGGGCGUGUUCCCCUUGGAUUCGAUCUGCGUGAAAUGGAUGACGUGAUGGCAUACUGGAAGUCACUACGCUUUUUAAGUGUCGAGGGGGCUCGAUUAGGCGCUAAAUCGCGCGAGAAAAACAGUCUGAGUGUCAAGCUUGACGGUGCUUUGAUCCGAUCGGCCCCUUUGUCAGAUCACAACAUCUACGUGCUGAAGGCAUGGGUACCUCACUCGAAAACAAGCACAAGAACCAGCGCUGCUCGAGCUAAAGCAGCCGCGGGACCUAUACAGGCGCUGAAGCGUAAAUGCAUCCAAGCAUAUGCGCCUGCUGCAAAAGGGCUUCCACAAAAGCGACGUAAGAUUGUCAAAAAUGGUGACGGCUCGAAUCCUGCGUCGAUAGCUGUGGUUCCUACAAGUGAAGUUGGUGUUGGCAAGUUUCGCAAGCAUCUUGGUGCAAAGAAAACCCGCCGUACCCACACAUGGACUCUCGACGAAGACCUACAUUUGAUUGAUCUUUACCUUGAACAAGUAUCGUGUCGGUGGUUUAUCGAGAUACCGUUAGCGUUGCAAAAGAAGGGAGAGCGAGUUGCGUUUCGUAGCACCAGGUUGUCUCGCACUUUAAUUGCUUGGAAGGAGCUUGGCAAAGUGUUUAAGAAGAAGCCGGUCGAGUGUAUGUUGCGCAUAAAUGAUUUACUAGAAGCGCCCGCUAUUUAUGCAAGGCUAGAAAGGGCCAAAGUCACUAUCACGCAAAUGAAAAAUCCUGGCGGAGAAUUUUACGAGGAGGCCGCAAUCAUGCGCCAACCACGACUUACUGCGCUGCUUUGCCGAGCGUUGCAAGUCAUUCUACAUGAUCGGUCCAGCUAUUACUCAGUUAUGGCCGAUAUGCUGAUGAAUAGCUGGAAAGAGAGCGAGGUGAAACUGGUAUGGCGGUAUUUAUGGUUGGCUGGAAUAAUCACGCGAACUCCUCAGGCGAAUGAAAGCAAAGAUCAAAAACAACGAGGUUUCCAAGUCCACUCCAAGGUAUUCGAAAUGAAAAGUUUGAAGAUCUCGUGGUACACAAUCGAGACGUUUUGCGAGGCCGCCAAAUAUUUAUCCUUCGUCGACGAAAAUGUUGAUGAAGCUACGAUGAUUGCCGAAGAAAAUGAUCAUCAGUAUGAGCAAGAGAUUGGAGUGAAUAUGUCACGAGGCCAUGUUGCUCUGUCGUUGUCGUCAAUGGUGUCUGGGUUUUCACAUCUUGUCCCGGCGUUCGUUGCACCGAAAAAGCGCGUGGAGGAUUGUGAGAGUGUCCGAGUGUUAUCUGUGAAAGGUUUAGCAGGCCAUUUAUCACAACAGUGGGAUGGAGUGUUCCCGGAAGAUUUUCUGAAGGAGUAUUGGGCCGUGAAGUCCGUUUUCGGGAUUUUGGACGUGGGAACGAGAGCGCGAACAAUUAAGGCAAUGCAGGCCUUUUCUGACUGCGAUCAUACCCAUCUUGAAGCAGACUUGUGUACUCAUCCCAUACGACAGGAAGACACAACUCAGCAUUUGCUCCAGUCGUUGUUGCUAAGUAUGUUAACUGGGUCUGCAGCUUCGGGCAUGACAUUCGAUGAAUUAUGCGAACGGUAUGCAGCAUCUGGACUUCGAGAAAAAUUGGAAUGCCAGACUCCUGUGACCGUACUGAUUCAGCGCGAGAUGAAUGAAAUGAUUCAAGACGGUAAGGUGCUCGAGGUCAACGGGUAUGACCGAGUUCGCUUUGUGCUCCGAGAGUUUUCAGACCUCUGGACACUGCAUAGUUACCGGGUUACAAAUGACUCGGGUGAGGCGAAAGUGCGCUUUCUUUUUGAUAAGGUUAUCGCUGUUGUUGCACGUCCGUGGCUUCGUUUGGAUGGAAGCGUCAACACCAAGAUAGCAAUUAAAUUGAAGCGCAAGGUCGUGAACAUUAUCAUGUGCUGCCCUGGCAUCCGAGAUGGCGCUGUUCACACAAAAAUGCGCAAGGUUGUUAGCUUGCAAGACAUGCGUUCGCUCUUAGAAGAGCUGGUCAUUAGUGAAGUCAUUUACGCUAGAGUAUUCCGCGACUCCCAGCCGCCAGUCACCAGCAUUUUUUCUGGACCGGAGAGGCCUCAAGAUCGCAAGGUUGACAUAAUGACUUUGUUACCUGGAGAACUGCGAUAUAUUGACUUUUCUCGCGAUCACCUACACUACUUUCCAUCCGUCAAUUGUAUGGAGCUUUUUGGUGCAGAAGCGUGUGACGCUGAAAUGUGGUGA